ACCUUCAAGUUCAUUCUAUGAGAUAUCAACAUGAGUAAUGCAACUCAAGUUACCAUGUUUGUACUGAAGGGCUUCGCAGAGAGUCUUGAAAUGCAGAUUAUUUUCUUUUUCUUGUUUCUGGCAAUCUACCUCUUCACUCUCAUGGGAAAUUUGGGGCUAACUGCAUUGGUCAUUGGAGAGUCACUACUGCACAACCCCAUGUACUAUUUUCUGGGUGUGCUGUCUUUGGUAGAUGCCUGCUUCUCCUCAGUUGUUACACCAAACAUGUUAACAGAUUUUAUGUCCGACAAUAAAGUAAUUUCAUUCCUUUGCUGUGCAACACAGGCAUUUCUUGCUAUUACUUUUGGAACCACAGAAUGCUUCCUCCUGGCUGCCAUGGCCUACGAUCGCUAUGUAGCCAUCUACAACCCACUGCUGUACUCGGUGAGCAUGUCACCCAGGGUCUACGUGCCUCUCAUUGUUUCCUGCUUUGUUGGUGGCAUUUUGCAUGCUAUUGUUCACUCAGUGCCCACAUUUACCCUGGACUUUUGUGGCUCCCAUGAAAUCGAGCAUUUUUUCUGUGAUAUUCCUCCCCUUCUUGCAAUAUCGUGUUCUGACACCCACACAAAUCAGCUUCUGCUGUUCUACUUUGUAGGCUUUGUUGAAAUAGUAACUAUCUUGAUUGUCCUGAUCUCCUACGGUUUCAUUUUGUUGGCCAUCCUAAGAAUGAACUCAGCUGAGGGAAGGAAAAAGGUCUUCUCUACCUGUGGUUCUCAUCUAACUGGAGUGUCCAUUUUUCACGGGACACUCCUUUUCAUGUAUGUAAGACCAAGUUCCAAUUAUGCUUUGGAACAUGACAUGAUAGUGUCGGUGUUUUACACCAUUGUGAUUCCCAUGCUGAAUCCCAUUGUCUAUAGUUUGAGAAAUAAAGAUGUGAAAGAGGCAAUGAAAAGAGCCCUUAAGAAAAACCAGCACACUUUAAACAGCAUUUUCAAUAUUAAACAUUAA